AUGGAAAGCCUGCAAAUAGCUAGCUGGAAUGUGAACGGGUGGAAGAAGAGCUGUGAGUUAAUAAAGCACAGAGAAGGUACAGUGGCCCAUUUUUUGAAAAAGCUUAAAAUAGAUAUCCUAUGUUUACAAGAGACUAAAACGAAUAACUCUACGAUUGAAAAUGAGUUCAGCUUGUUAGACGCAUAUUCGGAUGAGUAUGAAUCCUACUGGACGUGUUGCAAUAGGAAAGGGGGUGGAGAGAAGAUACAGAGGGGGUACUCUGGGCUUGCCACCUAUGUGGGGAUUAAGGCGAAAGUUAUAUGUUGCUGUAGUGAUCCCUUCCGGAACUUUUUUUUCUCCGUGGGUGGCUGCUCUGAGGGGGACCUACUAAUCUCGAGGUGCUUCCCGUGGGACAACUCGUCCGUUUCCUUCUACGCGCUGCCACAGGGAAGUGAAGAAGUUAUCGAUGCGGUUAGCAGUGGGUACGGUGGUAAGACACCACGCAAAGGACGCCCUUCUGACGCUUCGCUACAGCGAGUGAGUGAUCUGUUCAAUGAGGGCAGAGUGCUCAUAACGAUUCAUAAGCAGUUCGUGCUGGUCAAUAUAUACGCCCCGUACUCCGGCUGCAAUUACAACCGCCUGGACUACAAAAUGAGGUUUCUUCAUGCCGUUCGAUGCAAACUCCUUGAAUUGCGAAUAACGACGGGUCUGCCAAUCGUCCUCGUAGGAGACCUGAACAUAUCCUUCCGGAAUAGGGAUGUGCACUACCUGAACAAUGUAGUAAACCUGGAUGAGCUACAAAAAGAAGUGAGAAAAAUGAACAUACGAGAGGACCUUAGACAGAGGAUAUGCAAGCAGAUACCCCUGAUUAUAGAGACACUCAGCAGUCGGGACAAUUUUAUUAUUAAGAAGCAGAGAGGAGAAAAUGGGGAGUCCUUUCGACUUUACCUAAACUUUAAGGGGGAAGUAAAGAGGGUCGGGGGGAGCUUCACUUCCAUGGAGGAGAUUUAUUUUUUUUUUUCGUUGGAGCCGGUGUUCGUGGAGGACAAGUACGCGGGGGUCUACCCGAACGACUUUUUCUUCUUCCUCCAGGAACAAAGGGGUGGCAUCGACGGUGGGGACAUCGACGGUGGGGACAUCGACGGGGAGGACAUCGACGGAUCGGAGACCCACCACGGCAACCACGACGAGCGUGACAUGUACGAUUCGUUCGGCAAGGAAAGCGAACUUAUUUUCUCUCACUUCAUGCAGAAGAAAUGCGCCCCGAUAGAGGAGUACCUCCUCCGCAUGGGGGAAAAAAACGUUAAGUAUAAUUCGACGAACAUUGCUACCCGUGCAAAGUGCAGAAGGAUCCUGUGUAGGUAUUCCUUCAAAAGCUGUAUCGAGGGAAAGUACAACGUUAAGAAGGCCAACACGCUCUACUUAAAGCACCUAAACGAUAUCCUCCUUUCGUUAGGAACGUCCCUCUCGAAGGAGGACCUACUAAAAGUGGCCAACACCGUUGGACAUUCUUCCUCCCCCGAGUGCUGCACCAAUUUUGUGAAGAACCUAAUCUGUGAAGACAGAAUGGUAGACACGUUUUCCUUUUUCUAUCCGUCACUUAACGGAAAGUUCACCUGUUGGGAUACGUAUAAACAGCACCGGAUGAGCAAUGAGGGGUCACGCAUCGACUACAUUUUCGUGGACUUUGUUCUGUAUGAGCGUCUGAUCAGGGGGCACUCCCACUUGUACGAAUCUCCAGUCGUUUUGACAGACGAACUUAGGACGUUGCUGAGCGGGGUGGGUGUUCCUAGGCAGGAGGCCCGUGAAGAAUCAGACAAUCGUCCUGUAACCGAUGAUUCCCCCUAUGACGUGGCUACCGGUGAAGCCAACCAGCGAAUCUACCUGUGGGUGAAUUCCCCCGAGAACAACUGCAACUACGCCAACUACUUCAAUCGGCUGAGAAAAAAAACGGGCAGAAACCCCACGGAGGACGAAUGGGUAAGCGAACACGAAGAAGAAAUUUACCAUUUCCAAUUUAAGCUCCGAAGUUACAUAGGCUUUAUCUACACCUCCCCGAGGUUGAGUGACCACAUAGCAGUUAACUGUACCUUCAUUAACAAGGCAAUGUCGGGAGGAAGAAAGAAAAGAAAAGAAAUACGCAUAUGCUUUUCUAGAGAAGCUACCAUACCUCUACGCAGCUUCUGCUCCUCGGAAGAGCAGUAUGCUUCCUUUUUGCCACUCUAUUUAAUUGACGCUCCUCUUUUUUCUGGAUACACCUUCGAGUUCUUACACCCUGUUCAUGCACAUGGCGGUACGUGCCCCAGCGUUGCGAUGGCGCAGCCUCAUAAAAAGACGAACAAGAUAACGCAGUAUUUUAGCGUAAAAAGGGGAAAACAUUAG